AUGCACAUCCUGCACGCCCUCCUAGUCUGCAUCCUGGCGACCGUCGCCCUCGCCGCGCCCUCGCUUGUGUACCCUCUCCAAGCACAACGACCGCCCGUCGCGCGCCUCGGAGCACCCUGGACCUUCACCAUCCUCCCCGGCACCUUCUCCGGCUCGUCCAGCCUCUCGCUCUUGACAACGCUACCUUCAUGGGCGACGUUUGACGCUGCGAGCGGGACGUUCUCCGGCACGCCGCCAGCGAGUCAGUCGGCUCUGGGGUCGACGCAGGUGACGGUCGUCGCCAAACCUGCGUCAGGAUCCGGCAGCGGCAGCGACUCGUUCACGCUGCUCGUCGACGACCCAGCGAACGAUCCUGCGCCGUACAUCCGCCUCCCUCUCUCCGAGCAACUCGCCUCGGCAGCGGCCGUCUCGGGCGGAGGAAGCCUGACGCCUGACGGAGCGCUCAAGGUUCCUCCGCAGUGGAGCUUCUCCUUCGGUUUCCAGCAAUACACGGCCGAAAACAGCGCGAUGGAGAAGAUGUACUACUCGGCGUACGAGCGAGGUACAACGACACUCCCGAGCUGGAUCCAAUUCGACAACUCGACCGUCACGUUCUACGGACUCGCCCCAUACAACAAGGGCGACUUUGAGUUUGUCGUCUUUGCCAGCUCAAGGUUCGGGUACGGCGAUGUCGCGCAGACGUUUAGGAUUGAGGUCGUCGACCACUCGUUCGAGUUGCUCGGAUCAGCGGCGUUGCUGGCGAAUCAUUCGGCGUUCGGACCGCUGCCGAGCGUCAAUGUCACGCCUGGAGGACCCGUCAACUACGUCGUCCCCCUCGACGGCUUCCGCAUUGACAACUCGACCAUCUCGCGCGCCAACCUCUCGAGCGUCUCGGCCAACUUUGCGCCGGCGAACCUCUCUUCCGACCUCACUUUCGACGCGGCGACGCUCGCCAUUACGGGCAACGUACCAGCGACAUUUGCGACAGGCGGAACACCCCUCUCCAUCCCGCUCACCUUUGUCGACCAGUACAACGACUCGCUCGCAACGACCGUCGCACUCGUCGUCUCGCCUUCGCUGUUCAACGUCUCGGCUUUGCCAGCGACGAUCGACGUCCAGAGCGGCAAGAAGUUCGCGCAGGAUCUGACGCCUUACCUCUCGCCAUCCGCCUCGUCCAGUCGACGUCGAGCACUCCCGUCCGCCUUGACCGGCGCCAACUUGACUGCCACGAUCUCCCUCUCGGCUGCGGCUUCAUGGCUGUCGUUUGACCCCUCGUCCUUCGCCCUCACCGGCACGGCGCCCUCGCUCAACUCGUCAGACGCCAUCUCGAACGCCUCGGUCGUCGUCGACGCGACCGCACCCUCGACAGGCGCAAUCAGCCGCGCGACGUUCAUCGUCCAGAUUGUCGAAGGGCAGGGGAACACGACUGCUCCUACAGGCGGGUCGGGCGGCCACGGUCUCUCGCACGACGCGAAGCUAGGUCUCGGUCUCGGUCUCGGAUUGGGUAUCCCGCUCCUCAUCGCCCUCGUCCUCCUCGCACUGUGGUACUACCGCCGACACCGCGACCAACGAGCAGGCGGAGCGGGAGCAGGACCGACGAAGAGGCGGAGCAGCGGAGGACUGGUCAUCAGCCAUCCUAGGCCGCUUACGCCUGCUUCGGCUUCGGUCUUUGGCGGCGCGAGUACAGUGACGGUCGUCACGCCUUCGCCGCAGAUGGGGGAGAAGGAGUGGGUCGAGAAGGAUCUCGACGAGACGAAGGGAGAGUCGAUGGCGUUGCCCAUCACGGUCGUCCACCACGCCCAAGUCGACCAACACGCCGCCUCGCCCGCUGCGACAGCCUCGACCUCGACUGCAACUCCCGGCCUCCCUUCGUUCCUCCAGCAGCCUCCGCCACCGCAGCCGAGACGAUUCGACGUGAUGGGCAUGUUGUUCCGAUCCGAAUCGGGAGGGAGUAUCCUCGAUUCGAUUCGGGCGGGCGUGACGGGAAAAGGAAAGGGCAAGGCGAAGGAGCGGGACAUGUCGCAGCGGAGUCUGCCGCAGGAGACGUCGUUGUACGGGCUGGGGAUCGACGAGGCGGAGGCAGACGAGGCGCGAAGGAUCGUGGUCGUCUCUGAGGGCGGAAAGGCGGGCGACAACCGCCGUUCGACGUACCGCGAGAAUAGCGGCGGGUCGGCGCGGACGGGCACGCCGACGAAUUCGGCCGGGCGGGCAAUUGGAGCGAGCGGACGCGUCUCGAGCUGGGAGAGCGGGGCCAGCUCGAGCUUGUUCUACUCGUCCUCCGGCUCGAGGUCGGGAUCUGUCACUGGCUCGACAGGACCUCAUCGACGGACGACAAGUCGCAGCGGGUCGUUUGGCUCGCCGGCGUCCCUCGCGUCGCUGUCUUCGUCAAGACGGGUCGGCGCAACUCCGGCUUCGAUCCCUCAGCGCCGACGCGACUUCCUCCCUCUUCCGCUCAAGAGCCCGACCACCUCGCCCGGUUCUUCACCCGCGCUGAGCCCGACAAGGGAUACCUACGACGUGACGCACUCGUCAGGAUCGCUGGACCGGGCAGCCGGAGGACUCGAGCGGGAGGUCAGCGGCGAAACGGAGGAAUCAGCGUACGAUGGAGCGGACGUCUCGGACCCUGCUGGCGGGAUCCGGAUGGUCGCGUCGCAUUCCGACUCGUCGAGCGGAGAAGGGCGGAUGGACGACUCGGUCGAGCGGAGCGAGAUGUUGCUGGAGGAGAGUGUCGUCUACGACGAGUCGCGGCACUUCCAGCAGUUCUCGUCGCCGUCGAGGUCGGGCAGCUAUCCCUCCGACUCGCCUUCGGUCGAGUCGCUCCAGCGACCUCCUCCUCGACUCGUGCCGUUCACCAGCGAACGACGACCGCCUCCCUUCAGCCGCACUUUCACCUCGCAGGCUUCUCUCGCCGCGCGACGACCGUCAGAGCCGACCUCUGCCGAAGACGUGCACUAUGACGACGAUGCAGUCGAGGACGCGUGGGAGGAAGACGAGGAGGGCAGGCCGAAGAGCGGCGUCUACGCUCCGCCAGACUGGGAAGGCUCGCCGACGACUUCGGUCGUCUUUUACCCGCGCGCUUCGCAGUCUCCGCCUUCACACCAGCGCGACACGAUGCGCUAUCCGUCUGGCUCGGCGUACUCGUACCGGUCCCGCACGUCAUUCGACACGGACGUCAAUGGCCAGCGGUUGAGCGGCGGCGGAAUGCGCUAUGUAGGGUCGGUCGUGUCGACCGUCGCUUCGCCGUACAUGCCUUCUCCUUCUGCGCGCGGCAGCGGAUCGCACUACUCGCACGACUUGACCGGCACGCCUCGCUCCGACGUCUUCUCCUCGACUUCGCGCCAGUCGACCGAGGCGACAUCCCGACCGCGCUCGUCCGUCUCGCACAAGCGCGCAUCGUCGUACCUUGAACCGCUGCGCGUCCAGCUCUACGUCAACGAGCCCUUCCGCUUCGUUCCUCGCCUCGAUCCGCCUCCCUUUGCCAGCAUCACCUCCUCGCCCGGCCGCGGAGGACCCCCUCGCGCAACCUGCUCCGCCUGGAUUGACGUCUCCUCGCUCGACGCGGACCAGGCGCAACUCUUCGCGAACGAAGAGACGGAAGACGGUCUGGCACCUCUUCCGGAGUGGGUCCGCUUCGACGGCUCGUCGAUCGAGAUGCACGGCCUGGCGCGGCGAGGCGACGCAGGAGCAUGGCCGGUCGUCGUUCUCGAGCGCAAGGCGCUGCGGACGCCGGGCUCGCCUAGUCGAAGCGGGAAGAGGAGGAGUCGGGACGACGUGGACUCGACGGAGCAGGUUGUUGGGCGGUUUGACCUGGUUGUCGGCGACAGGCACGUCGAGACGCUGGGUGAGGGAGAGGAGGAGGAAGGCGAGCUGAGGCUGGUGACUUACUGA